AUGGACUAUUCGAGACUGCGAGCCGCUGCUUUGCGGGACGGUGAAGACGAAGAAGCCGUUACUGUCGAUACCCGAGCCCUUAUCGACAAGGUCCUCGCAAGAUAUUCAGGAGAAUGGACAACACUUCGAGAACUUAUCCAGAACGCCGCUGAUGCGCAGGCAAAGACGGUCACCGUAAAAUGGGAAACACUUCCCUCGACACAGGUGCCACUCCCAAGCACUACGAAUCGAUCUGAGAUAUUGAAACAUACUCUGUCAAACCACACGCUUCGCCGACUAGUUGUACAAAACGAUGGACAGCCCUUCACCAAAACCGACUGGGGGAGGUUGAAGCGCAUUGCUGAGGGAAAUCCGGACGAGACCAAGAUUGGCGCCUUUGGUGUCGGUUUCUACAGUGUCUUUGCAGAUUGCGAGGAGCCAUUCGUCAGUUCUGGAAACGAGGCCAUGGCGUUCUACUGGAAGGGGAAUGCACUAUUCACCAAGAAGUCACAAAUACCUGCAGAUCAGGCUACCCAUCAUACAACAUUUGUCCUGGAUUACCGAAAUACCACGACGCCCCUGCCGAACCUGUUGUCCGUUAGCCAGUUUCUUGCGACCAGUUUAACCUUUGUUGCGCUUGAGCACAUCGAGUUCUGCAUCGAUGACUACCAGAUCCUAUCUCUCAAGAAGAAGUCAUCUCCAAGCGUUGAGCUUCCUCUACCUCGAGAUCUGGAGGCAAGGACCAAGGACGGUCUCAUGAAGGUGACGAGUGUCGAUCGCACAAGUACACAGAUUGAUGCGUCUUACAUGGCCGCUAUAGGAUGGAAACCGCAGGCUACAUCAUCCACCACAAAGACGGAUUCUUAUGGUACCCCUGAAGCUCCUUCACUACGAUCUUUCUUUGCCCGGCUCACAUCAAAUACGUCACAAGCCAGUAUCCGGACUAACGCCCAGAGUGAGGAGGAUGCAGCACAGGUGACAAUCGGUGAAGAUGUGACAAAACUUUCGUCGUCCACGAUCUUCCUUCGAACUACAUCUGCAAGCAUUCGCACUAGUGUGGCCGCUUCUUUUGCGUCUGAACUUGAGAGAGCGACAAAGAAGCCUCCACCUAAAACAACGAAAAUUGCUAUUUUGACUUCGUCAUAUGAUGAGGCACAAGCUUCUCAAGAGUCUGCCUCUUCUGGAGCGGUUGGUAAAGCUACCGAUGUAUUCGCUUCCGUGCUUCCCAACAAAAAGCCAGGCGGGCGUAUUUUUAUUGGUUUUCCUACAAUGCAGACUACAGGUGCCGGUCUGCACAUUUCAGCACCGUCCGUAAUUCCCACCGUGGAACGAGAGGCUAUAGAUUUGAAUGCUCGUUGGGUCAGGACAUGGAAUCUUGAAAUUCUUCGUGCUGCAGGCAUCAUUACUCGGUUGGCUUUUGCCAAUGAGAUGAGCGAUCUGAGCAGUAGAAUCAAGCAGGUCAUGGCCAAAGAGACCAAGUUCUCUCCAGCCGUCAUUGCCAAGUACAUGCCAGAGGCUCUUCACAUCCUCAAAACUUUCACAUUUGGUGACUCUACCCCCAGUGGUCAAGUUGGUCAAAUCAUUGAGGAAGCUUUUUGGAUAUGCUUUAAGAAGGCCUCAAUUGAGACCUACUCGACCCGAGGUGUGCUGCAAACAGCAGAUGUUCGCAUUGCCUCGGAUGAGAUGAGUAAAUUUGUUGACAGUAUUCCUGUCGUACCUGAGGAGAUGAAGGGUGUUCCAUUUGUCAAGAAACUGAUUGACUUUGGUCUUAUCUCGCACAUCACAGUUACAGAUGUGAAGAAGGAGUUGGAAACAAAGGCCAUGAAUAAAGUACAACUGAUGAACUUCAUCAGCUGGGCGGGUAAGAAGAGCUUGAGUGGUGAACUCGACCCUGGGAGUCGAUCUGCUUUGCUCGAGGUUGCUGUCGGUACCAUGAGUGAUGAUGGAGAGCAGGGCGAAAUCAUUGCCCUUGGAAGUAUCACAAAUCAUCUCAUUGCCAACAGAAUUCCUGCAAGCUUACCGAUUCCUCCCACGACUAUUCCCCAUGCACUUACAGCCAACUCUCAACAAGCAGAGUUGCGUGCUUUAGGAUGGGAACCCUUGGAGAUUCUCCCCUGGCUGAGAUUCCUCCUCGAUACGAACUCUUCCAGGGCCGAGGACCAGAGCCUGACGCGAUCAUCCAAGUUUGCUGUGCAGAUCUUGACUGUUCUUUCCAAGAACUUUGAGAACUCUAGCCCGUCUGCGAGAACUACCAUUGUUUCCCUUCUGCAGGCCAAUACAGUCGUACCUACCAAGCAGGGUAUGAAGAAGCCUACAGAGUCAUUCUUUCCGAUCGUCAAGCUAUUCGAUGACCUUCCCGUCAUUCAAGGUUGUGAAAAGAUCAAGGAAAAGUUCUUGGUCACCAUUGGUGUUCGCAAGACUGUUGAUCUGGAGACCAUUUUUACCAGAUUGCUUAACGCUUCGAGUGAAAGCCAACAGAAGUGGAGUCAUGUUGAGCUUAUCAAAUACCUUGCCUCUGUUCGCGAUGAUAUCCCCGGUGACGAUCUAGCCAAACUCAAGCAGACACGAUUUUGUCCAGCCGAGGCUGGUCCUAAAGGUAUGGAGUCUACCAAGGCAACAGAAAAGCUAUACAAGGUUUCCGAACUUUUCGAGCCAAAAGAUGCUCUACGAGCUUUGAAGUUGCCUGUUCUUCAAUGGCCUGGUCCUCCUGGUAGUUAUCGACCAGGCAGUCAAGAAGCUAGGUUCCUCAGUUCCCUUGGGCUUAGGCCUUAUCCCUCUGUUCCUGAGCUCGUUGAGUUGAUGUCUGGCAAAGACGAAACUUUGCGAGUCCAGUCCAUGACAUAUUUCCUUGCCAAUCAUCAGAUUAACGGAUAUGGUUCAUUCAACCUUGGGGGCAGCCCGAAAGCAAUGAUGCCGCUUCAAGGAAGCACCCGACUUGUUCCGCCAUCGCAAUGUUUCUACAAUCCGCGAGCAUCUAUCCUUGGUUUUAAUAUUCUGAGGAAAGAUCUCCAUGAUCAUGCAAUUAAAUUUGGUGUUGCCAGGGAUCCUCCAAUGGUUGAUUGUGUAAACCGCCUUCUAGCAUCACCUCCUCAAGAUCACCAGAACGCUGUGGCUUUGUUCAGUUACUUCGCGUCUCGAAUCACAGAACUGGGCGAAAACAAUCUUGUCAAACUUCGCAAUGCCACUAUAGUCCCGAUUACACGGACAUCUCGAUCAUCUGAGAAGCCAACGUCUACGAUGACUCAUGUCAGUCCUUGUCGUGUGUAUCUUGGUGGUUCAACGACAUAUGGUGAUAUCUUUGACUUUGUCGACUUCGGUCCUGAGGCGAAUGCGUUCUUGUUCCAGUGUGGUGCCAAGAACGAGCCUACAAAGUUGGAAGUGGCACAUAUGGCGUGUACUGAGCCAGCUCGCCUUCUUGGUGUACUUCAAAGCUCGGAGAAGUACUUGGACCUUCUCAAGUCGCUGGCCGAAGCAUCGACGACACUUCACAGAGAUAAGGAGCUCUGGAGAAAAAUGCGCACAGCACCUUUUCUACUUGCAUACAAAGAACUGGCGCCUCCUAAGGGGAACUCAGAUGACCUGGAGGAAGAGGAUGAGCCUAUUCGACAAUACCAACUUGCCUCUGCCAGUCAGAUUGUCAUUUUGGACGAUAUCAUCAGCUACAGACUGUUCAAGGAUCGGCUUAUUUGUGCACCCGAGGAGGACGCUCUUGAGGCGUUUUAUCUAUCGCUUGGAGCCCAGAGAUUGAGCAGCAUUGUACAAGAGGAGGUCCGUAUUGGACCUCAGAGCGACCGACAGAAGACUGCUCUCAGUCUGCGCAAACACGUUGUUGAGAGGUCAAAGAUCUUCCUCUUUGAGUUCGCAAACUAUCGACGUGACGUUAUCAAGCAUGAUGCAAAAUGGCUGGACAAGAAUCUGACAGUUGACAUCGUUCGCUCAGUCGCUCUGAGGAGAACUCUUAAGGGUCAAGUUCAGACUCACACAGAGAAGCGAUCAGCUGCCAGCAACAAAACCAGCAACGGUUGGGUUCUGUACGUUUCUGAUGAGGCGAAGCCUGAUAUGUACCAGAUUGGACAAGCCAUUUGCCAAAUGCUGCUGAACCGACCAAACCAGCAGGCUUACCUCUUCUUUGAGCCGUUCCUUACGCUGGACCUUUACGGCCUCCGGAGCCGUGGUUACAAUGUGGACCGAAUCCUGCGAGCCAAGGCUGCUGAGGCCAGAAUCGCUGAGGAGGAAAGACGAAAGGCACUGGAGGAGGAACAACGCCAAAUCAAGGAGAGGGAGCAACAAUGGGGAGCUGAGGCAAAGGCUGCCGAGGCUGCUCGCGAAGCUACCAGAAUACCAGAACCUCUUGGUCCAGCAAUGCCAGGUUCAUGGGAUUCGCCUGAAGAGGCAAAGCCCAGCCCAGAACAGCAAGCUAGGAAGAGCAGAGGGUUGUUCUCAAACCUCAGUCGUCGCCUUGGAUUUGAAACUGAGCCGAAUGAAGACGAGUCUCGUAAGGAGUUGAACAAGUUCUUGGAUAAGCCCAAGGAGAUUGAAGCACCGCCUGGCAGCAGCUCAUCCAACACAGGAAAGAGGCCGCAGCAGGAAGAGGGCAGAGUGACAAGCCCUGCAGUGGUGCAGCAAAAUUUGCUCAAUGCUGUUAAAUCGACCCGGGCAUACGGAUCCGAUAGUGUCUUUUCGGAGCCUCAGGUCAACGAGGUCAAGGAACAGGCCACCUACUGUGAUAAGACACCUGCGCAGAACAUCACCUUUAUAGCAGAGGCGUCAAACAAGAUGAAGGUUUUCGUAUCCAAGGACAUUCAGGACCCAAGCGAAUUCUUGUCGAAACACCUGAGCAACAUCAACGUCUUCUCCAGUUUGUUGAUUGAGGUUGGCGGCGUUUACUCCAUGUCGCCAAAGGUAUUGCACAUAUUUUACGAUGAGGCCGGCGGGACUAUUGCUUUCAACACGGGAGGCAGUAUCUUCUGUAACUUCAGGUUCUUCCUGCAGUUACACGCUGCGCAAAUCGAAAGCAGAAGUGGACAGGCCAAAGCUGAGGCUGCAACCUGGUGGUGGGUGGUUUUGGCACAUGAGCUGGCACACAAUCUUGUUUCGCCUCAUAACUCUGACCACAGCUACUACACUGAAUCUUUCAUUCAGCAGUAUUUCUCCAAGAUCGUGGCCAAGGCGGCGCAGUGGACGACAGAAGCUGGGUCUCGCAGUGAAGUACCUCGGAUAGCACCACCGCCAUCUGGAGCUCCACCACCUUAUCCGGGUGAAUCGAGCAGACACUUGCUAGACUGA